AUCACAAAACGAAAGACAGUACGAUGCACUAAUGGGAAUUUUACCGCUUUCAUCACAAUUUGUUGCCGAUAAUUGGAAUUGGCGUAUCAGUAUUAUAUUCAAAGUAAAAAUUAUUUAUACUGAGUGGAGCAUUCAAAAAGUCAGAAAGUCAGAG